AUGGGAGGCUCUGGAGCAGCUGUCCACCUGAGUCGCACCCCCGAAUUUGGCCUUGGAUCUCAGGGAUGGGCUGGCCCGUCCCACCCCAGAGGGGACCCCUCAGCACCCAAGUCCGACGCGGCGCACUGUCAGCUCCGGGACUUCAGGCCUCUGUUGCCUGGGCUGCACCCUGAGGAGCCGUCCCACCUCUUUCUUCAGGUUCAGCCCGACACAAACACCAUGCCCCUGGGUCAGAGGAGUGCGCUCUGGAAGGUGGAAGAAGACCCAGGAGAGGCCCAGGGCCUGGUGGAGGCACAACCGUCUGCUACUGGGUCCCUGAGUCCUCCCCAGAGCCCUCAGAGUGCCUGCCCCUCCCCCGCUGCCCCGGCAGCCACAGCCUGGAGGCAGCCUGACCAGGGCUCCAGCAACUCCGAUGAGGAGGGGUCGAGCACCUGCGAGGAUCCAGAAGUCACCCAACCCUCUCUCCAGGACAAACUUCAUGUGAAAGUGGCUGCCCUGGUGGGGUUCCUGCUCCUCAAAUACCGCAAUAAGCAGCCAACCCGCCAGGCAGAGAUGCUGGAGAUUGUCAGCAAAGAUUACCAGGACGACUUCCCAGUGAUCUUGGGCCAAGCCUCCGAGUGCAUGAGGCUGGUCUUUGGCGUGGAUGUGAAGGAAGUGGACCCCAGCGACCACUCCUACAUCCUGUUCACCGUCCUGGGUUUCACCUGUGAUGGGAUGCUGAGCGGUAAGCAUGGCAUGCCUAAGACCAGCCUCCUGGUGCUGCUACUGGGGGUGAUCCUCGUGGAGGACGACUGUGCCCCUGGGAGGGAGGUGUGGGAAGCGCUGGGUGUCAUGGGGGUGUAUGCCGGCAAGGAGCACAUCGUCUAUGGGGAGCCAAGGGAGCUCCUCACCAAAGUCUGGGUGCAGGAAGGGUACCUGGAGUACCGGCGGGUGCCUGGCAGUGACCCUGCCUGCUACGAGUUCCCAUGGGGUCCCAGGGCCCACACCGAAACCAGCAAGUUGCAAGUGUUGGAGUAUUUGCUCCGGGUCAAUCGCAGGCAGCCCGGUUCCUCCCUGAUCCUGUCUGAAGGAGCUGUGAGCAAUGAGGGAGAGGGGGCCUGA